AUGGCCGACGAAAAGAUUCGUACCUCUGGUGAGGUUCCCCGACCGGAGCCAAAGGGCCCCAUCUUGCCUACCACGAAUCCCGAGGCCGACAAACCUCAGCCUCCCAAGUCGGCCAUCCACCCGGCUCUAUACGUCGCAGUAUGGAUCAGUCUUUCGUCGUCUGUCAUUCUGUUCAACAAAUGGAUUCUCGACACUCUCGAAUUCCGUUACCCCGUUAUCUUGACCACCUAUCACUUGACGUUCGCGACCAUUGCGACACAGCUGAUGGCGCGCUACACCACCCUCCUUGACGGUCGCAAGACUGUCAAGAUGACUGGACGCGUCUACCUCCGCGCUAUCGUUCCUAUCGGUGUCUUCUUCAGCUUAAGUUUGAUCUGCGGUAACUUGACCUACCUCUACCUCAGUGUCGCUUUCAUUCAGAUGAUCAAGGCCACCACCCCCGUUGCAGUCCUACUUUCCAGCUGGGCCAUGGGUCUUGCACCCCCCAACCUCAAGCAGCUCCUCAACGUGUCUGCCAUCGUUGUUGGUGUCAUGAUUGCCUCGUUCGGUGAGAUCCGAUUCGUCUGGAUUGGUUUCUUCUACCAGUUGGGAGGUCUUAUGUUCGAAGCUAUCCGUCUCAACCUUGUUCAGGCCUUACUCAGCUCUGCCGAGUACAAGAUGGACCCUCUAGUCUCUCUAUACUACUUUGCACCCAUCUGCGCUGCCAUGAACGGUGCCGUUGCCCUCAUUUGGGAGGUACCCAAGGUCUCUAUCGCUGAAGUUUACCACGUCGGUCUCUUCACCUUCUUUUUGAACGGACUAUGUGCCUUCCUUCUCAACGUCUCAGUUGUCUUCUUGAUUGGCAAGACCUCUGCUGUCAUCAUGACACUUUGCGGUGUCCUUAAGGAUGUCAUGCUUGUUUUAGCCUCUAUGCUCAUCUGGGGUACCCCUGUUUCCGGCCUCCAGGCUUUCGGUUACACCAUUGCGCUUGGUGGUAUGGUCUACUACAAGCUUGGUCUUGAGGCUAUCAAGGGAUAUGCUGGUGAAGCUGGCCGACACUGGGCUGAGUUUGGUGCCACGCGCCCUGCUCUGCGCAAGGUAGUCGUCAUCGGGGCAGCACUACUAUUUGUGUUCAUCCUCUUUGGUGGCUUGGCCCCCAACUACGCCUAUGACCCGUCACAGUACCUUUCUGGUGCUGCUGAGAAGUUCGGCGUCUCCUCAUGA